GCACCGGACCAGGCGCAGCAAGAGCGACCGCCGGGACUCGCCCACCCUUCAUUGCGCUAGAAGAGCAGCAGCGCGGGUGUGUGCGCGCGCGGCCCUCCCUUCUCGACACGCUCGUUGCCGCACCGCUUCCGCCGCGGCCGCCACUUUCGCCGCUUCCCCGCAAGGCUCGACGAGGAAGGAAGACGUCGACGACCCGCGCCGCGCCGGAGGUGGUGGUGCUACACGGCGCGGUGCAUCGCCACAACGUGGUCGUCGUCGUGACCGCUGCAACGUAGAAGGAGCGGUUCUAUUUGCCCACUUACUCUGGUACAGCUACUGAGGAAACGAAGAUCGACGUCCUUUGAAGUGGUGGAACCAUACCCGAGAAGACUCGAGUAAAAUGGGAAAGACUCCGUAGAGUGUGUGGAAGUGCAGGUGGGAGAAGGUUGUUUACUUCUUCAUAUCUGCUGUCACGACAAGCGGAGAAAGGUUUCGCUAUAGACUGCAGAGAAGGGCUUAAGCUACGGGUUGACAUCUUGGACCGGAAGCAUCCCCUUAACGCAACAAGACUGCUUUGUGUCAAGGGAAGCGUAGUUGCGAGCCGGCUUCUUCAUUCCUGCUGCCAAGACCAUCAUCGAAGAGAACGGUUCUUCCAGAGGCGCCCCAUCCUCUCCAGAGAAGGACUUGAGCCACUGGCCAGCACGUCUUAGACCAGAAAGACAUCUCGUCAGCGUGGAACGUAGGCGCAAGUCCCGCUGUAGCUUAGGAAAAUUUGCCAGCGGGCCAUUGUUCGGUUUGCAGCAGUUGCACAUCACGGGAAACCGUGGUAGUGAACUCCGGGCCACCGUCGAACGCCGUUUCCUCCUGUUCUGUGCCUUUAGCGGUGACAGCCGCAGCAGCUUCGGCUUCCUGUAAGUGUCGAAGCAAGGGUCCCUUUCAUCUGAACACUCUUCGGGUCCUGGUGAACAUUGAACAGCUGUCACUGAGUGAUACUCUGAGGCGGUACCUCAGCGUGUUCUCUACUGCCAUUGUAGUCCCCCGAGAAUAGCAAGAACUGUGAAGUGAACCUGUUCAGUUUAGCUGAAUUCCAGCUUUGGCCUUUCGUCAUCUUAUUACUAGAACGUUUUUCACUAUCGCAUCGUAGCGGUAUUGUUCGGACGACUCCCGAGAGAAGCAUCCAUCUGCUAAACUCGUGGCUGUGCCUUAUGCUCAAACUGCUGUGUCCGUAAAUACAUCUUUUGCGUGGUUGUGUGAUUAACAACAUCUGUGUACCAGGAAGUGCAACGACGAUUUGUUGUAAACGCGUCGACUGUGAAUUGUUCGUGUGUGGUUUCUUUUUCGGCUAACUUUACUAAGUGCGCCGGGAAUAUUCGUUUCGGCAGUUGUGCGCUCCACUUUCGUUUGUGGCCGACUGCAUUAGAGUAGUGCGAGAACCUGAUGUACCCGCACGUGCCUUGUGCUUCGUGACCAAAAAAAGAAAAGAGUGAGUGCAUUCCGGAGACAAAAAAAGCGUCAGUAGUCGGCAACAUGGAUUACUGCUGAGGAAUAACACACCACGAUGAGGACGGAACCCGACGUCGAAAAGAAGAAGCCGGCCGAGUUGCCACCAUUCAUCGUGCCCGGACCGGGAGGAGGAAAAGGAGGAGGAGUCAAUGGCGACUUCCCGGCGGCGGCAGUCGGCAGGACCUCCGGGACCGCCGCGACGACGGCGACGACCCCGUCGGCGACGGGGGCUGCCUCGUCGGCGAAGGCCCCGCCGGUCACCACCUCGUCCCGUCUUCCCGGGGCAGGCCUCCCCGCGUCCCCCUGCAUGCGCAGCCGACGACUUCCUGGCCUACUCGUUCCAACGCAAGGCGCCCUACCUGGUGUGGGACGACGAAGGCGGCGGCGGCGGCAGCGGCUGUGCCAGGCACCCCCACCUCCCGCACUACCAGGGACCGCUUCGUUCCAGCCGGCCCUGGACGCUGCGACACUCGCGACGGUGUUGUCCGUGGCCCUGCGUGCUGGCCACUGCACUCGCCUCGGGUCUGCUCUUCGGGGCGCUGGUGGCGCUGUGCGCCUACCUCAGUGUGAUGACCAGUCAACAUAUGCACCCAUCCGUCCGUCUCCUAGGCGCCGUCAGAGUGCUCGAGGGCGACGUGUGGGACCCCAACCUGCUCAAUUCCACAUCGAAGGAAUUCCGCAUCAAGUCGGCCAAGUACGCCAACAUGCUCGAAGCAGCAUGCAGGAAGUCACCGCUGCUCAACAGUUCUUUGAGCAAAGUCACUAUCUACGCGUUCCGACAAGGGAGCCUAAUCGUGCUGUUCGAGCUCGAGGUCGACAAGCGUCACACGCCCGCCGUCGCCGACCUAGAGAGCGAGUUCCGGCAGACGCUGCGGCGUGAAGCCGAAAAGGGACCCCGAGGCGCAUUCGGCCAGCUGAAGAUCGACUGGAACGCCAUACAGAUGACGGAAAUGUCCGAAAACAGUUUGAUCCGUCCGGGUAGCCUCCACCGACGAAAGAGAACACAGCGGGCAGCAGCGCUACGGUGGACUACUACGACCGGGAAGGUGAUCAGGAGCCGGGAUUCAGACCAGUGGAUAAACCAGCACAGUCAGGAUCCGAGCGAUUAUUUCGCGCCACACGACAACGAGAGUUCGCCGGGGGCCGCCGGCGGCGCGAACUCUUGGCAACCCUACUUUCCAGAACAGGGAGAAGGCGGCGAACGGGCCGAAGGCGAGGUCGGCGAAGUCACGUGGGAAAACGCGCCCGAGCUCUCCGAAGACGACGAUUCUCACUACGACGGCCCGCACGAUCGUCAAGAAUCCAACUCGAGUCAGCAGCAUCAGGAGGGUCACGCCGUUGCUGCCGUUAACGAGCACGGAAGCGUAGUCGCGACGACUAGGCCGCAGGUAGUCACGGAGCCCGUAGAUACGACGGAAGACAGGUACCUGCACGUCACCGAGGCGUCGCCGCCAACGGGAGCCCCGCGUCCCGUUGCAACUAGUCAGGAUGUGUUUACAAAUAAACACGGCUCAGAAUUGACCGAACUUACCGUGGGAGCCGGAGUCGUAGUCAAGGCCAACGGAAACCCGGCGCAAGUGUCCACGAAAAACGCCACUAAGGCGACACCCGCUAAGCCUAUCCUUGUCAGCUCCAAAGACGGGCAGGAGUCAUUGCCUCCUUUGGUUUCUGUUGAGGGUCCCAACGUCGCAAGCUCCACUACCUCACCACCUGUGCGAAAACCGGUGGUGCACACGCAAGUGAGCGGAACUGUUCUUUCAUCCGCAAACGGCGAAACAAGCGCCGAUGGUUCGCCUGUUUGGCCACCGUACAAACCACUAUCCUCCUCUGAAAUCAGAGUUGGCGAAACACCAUCAAGGGAACCGAUUGAAGGGAGCUCUGAAAAGCCGACGCAGGGUAUCGGGCAAGCCUGGCAGAUACACCUAGACGAUCCUAGUACCCACGCAGGCCCCGGCAUUGUGCUGAAUUACGGACCGAGACCUUCCCAGACCGCGACGAACGUGGGCUUGUCGCACGACUCUUCGGCAACGAAGAUGCGUGACAAGACACUGGCUUCCGGUAUGACGUUGUCCGUGGGGACCGGUCUCUCAGUUCAUCAACAGCCGUCAGUCCAGAAGAACAAUCACAGGAAGGAACUGACCACGCCCAAGCCUACCACGUCGACCACGGAGUUCGAGAUCGGCGUGGGUCUCUUCGUGCGGCCUCCCGUCGCCAGCGGCAGCGAUAAAAGCCAGGGAACUCGCGUUCAGCAGACCACAAAGAAACCGGAGCCACAGUUCAUCGAUCUUACCGCAGGCCUAGACGGUCUCCAAACGAACGACAAGGGCCAGAACCCAGCCAACCCAGUGCCACCGGGGAGACCGGCGUCACAACCAGCUUCGGAACCUUCCUGGCAUCCAGUGGCAGAACCAACCCCUGUUAUAGUUUCAGCACCGGCUCCUGAGAUCGUGUCCAAGCCGGUGCGAAAGCCAGCGCCAGAAUACUCGGAGUUUGAAGAUGUUCCUCCUCCCAGUGGACCUAUUGUUGUCCAUCAAGACAGAAACAAUGAAAGUGCAUUCAUUCCUAUAGCUCAUAAAGGCACAAACAAUAAAACUACAUUCAUUCCUGCAGCCCAACAAAACACAAAUAAUGAAACUGCUUUCAUUGCGGUAGUUCAUCCAAACGGAAACAAUGAAACUGCCUUCAGUAUGGCCGGCGGGACGCGCGAAGGACAUGAACUCAAGAACCCCGAGAUGAACAUCACCUCCAUCUCCAUUUAUCAGACGGUAAGCACCAGCAGCGGAGACCAUUCCGAGGUGCACUCGGUCAUCUACUCUGGCGGACAAAACUCCGGUGGACUCGCCAAGUUCAUCUCCGGUGACUUGCCUUCCAAGGCCGGCGCGUACGACUCCAAGUACACGCCCAGUGACGAGAAAGGUACGGACUUCUACGACAAGGGCAGCAAGAACGGCGAUAAGUACGGCUACCGGCCUCCAUCGACCACGGCAAGUCCCGCGCUGAAGGUGGUGACGCGCGUGUCCUACAGCGUGGUCACCAACGCGCCCCUCACCAAGGAGUCCGUGCACGAAAACGACAUCACCAAGCACGGAGAAGGCAACGGCCUCAGUGGCGACGCCGCAGCGGACCACACGUCCACAACACCCCUCGCCGUGCCAACGACCUCGAAGCGCGACUGCGACUAUCUGAAAGAGAUCAAGUGCAAGAGUGGCGAGUGCGUUCCCCACUCGGCACUGUGUGAUCGCCGCCUCGACUGCCGGGACGGAUCGGACGAACGGAACUGCUCUUGCAAGGAUUACCUCAAGCACGAACGGUUGCAGCACAAAGUUUGCGAUGGCAUUCUCGACUGUUGGGACUUGGCGGACGAGAUUCAUUGUCCCUGGUGCAGUCCGGAGAUGUUCGUGUGCCCCGGAGCCAAGCAGUGCAUACCUCAGCACAAAGUGUGCGACGGCCAUCACGACUGCCCUUACGGACUGGACGAAGUUCAGUGCGUGGGUCUGAUAGACGAGGAAGAAGAGGCCACUUCCAUGUCUUCGGGCCAGGGCUACCUGCAGCUGAAGCGCAACGGCGUCUGGGGAAAACUGUGCGUCGACCGGUUCCCGCGAUACCUGAGCAACGGCACCUGGUCUCUCGGGGAAAUCGGACACGCAGCCUGCAACACCCUCUCUUACAGGAAAGUGCUCGCCAUCCGCAGAUCGAAAGACAAGAAGCACGAAGACGGCAGCCGGUACUUUGAGAUGAGGCACGAGGACGACGAGAAGUCCAAUAUCGCUCUCAUGUACAAGGAGACGGACUGCCCAAGAAAAGAGGUGCUACACAUCAAGUGUUCAACGCUUGAGUGCGGCAUCCGUCCGCUGGGCACGUCGCUGCGGCAGCGCAUCGUGGGCGGCCACAGCUCGGCUCCGGGAUCCUGGCCCUGGCAGGUGGCGCUCUACAAGGAGGGCGAGUUCCAGUGCGGGGCUGCGCUCGUCAGCGACCGCUGGCUCGUCACUGCAGGGCACUGCUUCUACAACACGCUGACGUCACACUGGGUGGCACGGAUGGGCAUGCUCCGCCGUGGUACCGAGAUGCCUUCGCCGUUCGAGGUGGUGGCGAGCAUCUCGCACGCGGUCAUCCACCCGGAGUACGUGGACAAGGGCUUCGCCAACGACAUCGCGUUGCUCAAGCUGGACAAACCCGUAGACUUCAGUGAUUACAUUCGACCCAUCUGCCUGCCGAGCGACGGUGAGACGGAGAGGCCCAGACACACAUCAUUCUGCGUGGCGGUCGGCUGGGGAAAGCUUCUAGAAGUGGGACGCCUGUUUCCGGACACGCUGCAGGAGGUGCCAUUGCCGGUGCUGACGACCGAGGAGUGCCGCCGGAGGACGCUCUUCCUGCCGCUGUACAACAUCACGGAGAACAUGUUCUGCGCCGGAUACGAGAGGGGAGGCAGGGACGCCUGUCUGGGUGACUCUGGAGGACCGCUCAUGUGCCAGAAAGUGGACGGCCGGUGGUCGCUGGUAGGAGUGACCAGCAAUGGCGAUGGCUGCGGACGUCCAGGCAGGCCCGGCGUCUACACCAAAGUGAUGCGCUACUUGCCGUGGAUUCACAACACCAUGGAGAGCAACCCGGCACCCAAGCCACCGAGCGUGUGCAAGGGCGUGCGCUGCCGUCUCGGACGGUGCAUCACCCAGGAACAUCUGUGCGACGGCACCAAGGACUGCUUCGACGGUCGCGAUGAGGAGGACUGUCCCAUCGGCGGCGGCUGAAGUCGUCGAUCGCCAUCAAGUAGCAACCUGUGUUCAACCGUCGUGGUUUCGUUGCAAGGGCGCUUGCUUUUUUGGCCAAACUUGCACUGUGAUAGAUACACCCCCCUUUUUCUUUUCUUUCUUUUUGUUUAAUUCCAAAACUUCCGUGUUUUGUGCCGCCGUGUAUAGUCCUCGUCCCAGUCUUCGUCGUCCGUGGGCAUUGUGUGUCUUCGGUGUCCCGUCCCCGCGUCGUGGUAUUACUAUAUACACUAGUACAGGCGUCCACACUUCUGUCCAAAACACUUGGACAGUGUGCUGAAGAGCAAGUAAAUCAAUUUCUUGACACUGGUGCUCUGUUUGCGAGGCAUUUAGAGAGCUUUUGAGCACCGCUAGCGCACUACCGAAACCGUUCGUGCAACCUGCGAGUUUUGGGCGUGCCAUAACUAAGCUACGAAUGCUGCUUGUGCGGCUUAGCUUAGCUAUAUAGCAUGCGCAUAUGUGACAGGAUGCGGAGAAAGCGAAGGUGCAGCGUUAACGGUGUGCUAAAGCUCGCUAAUGCUUUUGAGCAGCGCCAACCACAUGGACGCGUGGUGGCCACAUAGUAUUCACUCCGGUACCUCGAACCUCUUGUGGCUAUUUGCUCUGCAGCGCAGCGCUCCAGCAUUUUCUACAAGAACAUUUGUGGAUGUCUGUACGCACUUGUGUGUCAGGAAAACAUCGUGCUACUCGGUGCCAACAGCUGCAGGAACACUCACGAAAAAGAAAAAGUGCACGACCUCAGCUCUGUAUACCCCACCUGAAGGCUU